CCUGUGCCGGGCGGUUCCGGGAGGGCCGGAGCGGAGCGGGCGCGAUGUUGGUGCUGGUGCUGGGUGACCUGCACAUCCCCCAUCGCUGUAACAGCCUCCCGGCCAAGUUCAAGAAGCUGCUGGUGCCUGGCAAGAUCCAGCACAUCCUGUGCACAGGGAACCUCUGCACCAAGGACACCUAUGACUACCUCAAGACCCUGGCUGGGGAUGUUCAUGUUGUCAGAGGGGACUUUGAUGAGAACCUGAAUUACCCCGAGCAGAAAGUUGUGACUGUUGGACAGUUCAAAAUUGGGCUGAUUCAUGGCCAUCAGGUGAUCCCCUGGGGUGACAUGGCCAGCCUGGCUCUGCUCCAGAGGCAGUUUGAUGUGGACAUCCUCAUUUCAGGGCACACACACAAAUUUGAGGCAUUUGAACAUGAAAAUAAAUUCUAUAUCAACCCAGGAUCAGCUACAGGAGCCUACCAUGCCUUAGAGAACAACAUCAUUCCUUCAUUUGUGCUGAUGGACAUCCAGGCUUCUACAGUAGUUACAUAUGUCUAUCAACUAAUUGGAGAUGAUGUGAAAGUAGAAAGAAUUGAGUACAAGAAAUCCUAAGAAAUGUUUUUGCUUGUCUGGUAUUUUUACCAUCUCCUUCUGAACUGCAAGUUCCAAAACUUGCUUGCUCGUUUACAGCCCUGCACUGUCUCUAACAGCUCAACAAUGUAACUUCUUGUCAUGAAUUUAAACAACCUUGUGUUUGCUUUUCUCUGUAUGAUUUGUAAAAUAUUCCAUUAAGAUAACUGUCUAAAUACUGUUCCCUAAUGUAAUAAACUCCACUUCAUAGAAAA